AUGUCACCCUCAUCCACAGCUAUUCCUGAAAAAGAAGAUGAGGUGAUUACAGAACAAAUUGGUGUGACUAGAGAAAAUCUAGACGAUCAACAACGAUCAUGGAUGACUGCGUUAGCAAAUAUGUCAGCAACAAAAAUGAUCUACAUAAUCUCGUUUAUAAUGGUUGCUGUUGUUGGUGUAUUAAUAUGUAUGCUCAUAUCGGAUUUAUUUAAUUCAGUUAAACGAAAUGCAAUUAAUUAUGAUACAAAUUCUAAUUUAUUGCGUGGAAACAUGCGUGCACGUGAUCUUGAUAAUUAUUUAAAACAAUCUAAAAAAUGUUAUUCAUAUGAUGACAAACUAUAUAAAUAUACAUUAUGUUUGUUCGAACAAAUAGAACAAAUCUCAACAAAUGAUAACAAAACAAGAAUAAUUAGAACUUAUCUUAAAUGAGCAUGUUCAAACUUGAUCAAUCUUACAAUAUUAACUGAAUUAUUAAUUUAUUCGAAAUUUAUUGAUAAUUCAUUUCUUAUUCCAGUUUUCAAACAAAUUAAAAUAAUCGAAACAACAUUUGAAGAUGUUUAUUUUCCUCCAAGUUUUUCAAUGAAAUUUGUUGAUCGUUUUCCAUCACUUACACAUAUUGAACUUCAAGUUAUUUCGUUCGACGAUUGUGUGUCUAUAAUCGAUACAUUUCUUAGUCAUCUGAAAAAUCUAUCAUAUCUUAAAAUUAAUUAUUUUGAAGAUUCAUUACUUGAUGAUCCAUUUUCACUUGAAAAUAUUAUUGAAAAACGUCGUCAAGCAUUACCCAUGAAUAUUAUUCAUGAACAACUUAUCAAUGUCAAAAAUAAUGGAGAAGUUAUAGAAAUUUGGUUAACAUGA